AUGGAACUAAGAAACGCGAAAGUUAUAUCUCGCGAAGAUAUUAUGAGUGACGACGCGAGUGAGCCCGAAUACUACGACCAGGCGGAGCAGAGCGCUGCAAGCGCCCCCGCCCCCGUCCCCGCCGGGGCGCAUGGACGCGCCGGCGGCGCUUCGACGAGCGCGACCACCGAGACCGUCUUAGCCGGUUUCAUGGAGUCCUUCGUGAGAAUGCAGGCGGAGACCAACAGAACCCUAGUCGAAACCCUGAGGGCUUUCAACGGCUCCGGGAAACCACCGACUUCGACGCCAACGCCCGACUCCCGUCCGCCCAGCGUCUACCCGUCCGCGGUCACAGGCAACUUCGCCAAGUGCACUGCACGUUUCGACGGGAAGUCGCGCGACGCGGAGGUACUGGAGGCGUUCAUCGAUGCGGUGCAGGUGUACAAGGAGUGCGCGGGCGUCAGCGAUGAGCACGCGCUGCGCGGCCUGCCGAUUCUGCUGGAGGGCGACGCGGCCGUGUGGUGGCGCGGCGCGCGCGCUAACGUGCACGCCUGGCCGGACGCCGUGGCGCGCUUGCGUGCCAUGUACGGGAUGCAGCUGCCGCCAUACAAAGUCCUACGAGAGAUCGUCGACACGGACCAGAAAGACUCUGAACGUGCAGAAGUGUUUGUGUGCAAAGUGCGAUCGUUGUUUACAAAACUACCGUACGCGGUGCCUAUGUGUAUACAACUAGAUAUUAUUUACGGCCUUUUGCACCGACGCGUGAGGAAACGUUUACCUAGAAAUGAUGUCAACGAUAUUGAUAUUAUGUUAGAAAAGGUGAGGGCCAUAGAAGAUUCUAUUGUCGAAUUAAAUCUUCGUACGUACGCCGCGAACCCGAUCGUUUCUACGUCGAAAUCGACAAGUCAAAACUUGUCGAGAUCGCAAGACGCACCGCGCGACCGAGCUCGCGAACCCGAGUCGAGCGAGCGCGAACGCAGCGUUACCACGAGUUCGAACGGUACUAGUGUCGCGAAACUCACUCCAAACUCGAACGAGAAUUUGAAACGUGAUAAACGCGUUCGAUGUUCGUUUUGCAAAUUUUAUGGUCACGUUUUAACAGAUUGUCGCAAUUUCCAAAAUAAAAAUAAUAAACCACAACCAACUAGUGCGCUUUCUAGUAGUGGGCCUAAUAAUUUGCGUUGUUACGGAUGUGGCCAACCCGGUGUUGUAAAGUCUAAAUGUGAAAAUUGUAGCGGAAAACAGUUACCCGCGACGCGAUGCGAUUUUAAUAUGGUGAACGGCGAGAACGACUUACGCGAAGCUCACGCGGCGACGCCGUCACACGCUAUGGUAUCGGUCACUAUCGCGAAUAGGGUAGGUGCCGCAAUACUCGACACGGGGGCUACGUGCUGCGUUGCCGGUUCCUUGUUGUACUCUAUCUUAACAUCGGUUGGGGUACAAUUUCACGAGGCGGAGCGAACCAUAGGACUCGCGAUUGGUUCCCGCCAAACGAAAACAGUCCUCACGGCGACAGUACCCGUAAUUUUAGAGGGAAGGCAAAUCGAUACUGAGUUCAUAGUAUUUCCAGGUGAGAGUACUCGAACAUUGUUAGGUCGCGAUUUUAUUACUAAGGCUGGGGUUACAUUAGACUUGUCACAGGAGUCAUGGUUCUUUGCUGAUAACCCUGAGCAGAUUUUUCCUCUCGUGCAAUCUUUUAGUCUAAAUAGCACAGAACUGAUGCAGGCAGAUAUCUCCGACGUCGCCUUGCGCGACGCCGAGGGAACGAACUUACCACCAGAGCACAGGAACGCGCUCAACGCAUUUCUGCGUAGCAGAGCGAACCAGUUUGCUGCGGAUGGACCUCCCACGGAUUUUGCCUGUCAUAAAAUUAAGGUAAGAGAGAAUCAGGAACCCCUUGCCUCCCCACCAUACAGGUUGUCGCCGUCCAAGAAAGAAGCCUUAGAAAAGGAGCUGCAAAAGCUACUCAGCGCCGACGUUAUCGAGGAGUGCGAGUCACCAUGGGCCUCCAACGUCGUCCUGGUGAAGAAGAAGGAUGGGAGCUACAGGCUUUGCGUGGACUACCGCAAGCUCAACGCGGUCACGGAGCCUGACCGAUACCCACUUCCCAGGAUCGAAGAUGUGCUCCAUGCGGCGAAAACCUCCAAGUACAUGUCUACACUGGACCUGCGUUCCGGAUAUUUUCAGGUGAGCGUUGACCCUGAUCAUAGGGACUUUACCUCGUUCACGACACCGCUGGGCACCUUCAGGUUCAAGCGCAUGCCCAUGGGCCUCCGGAAUUCAGGGGCAACCUUCCAGAGAUUGAUCGACCGGUUCAAAUCCAACUUACCAGGUAUAACCUUGCUCGCAUAUCUGGACGAUCUGUUGGUGCUGUCUGAAGACUCGUUCGAAAGGCACCUCGCAGACCUGGAAACCGUGUUCGACCGCCUUGCUAUGUUUAACCUGCGGGUGAACCGAGAGAAGAGCCACUUCGCCCGAGAUGCCGUGAAGUUUCUAGGUCAUGUCAUCGUACCAGGUGGUAUUCGCAUGGACCCAGAAAAGACGUCUGCUAUAACUGGCAUGCCGCCCCCUCAGAACGUGAGGCAGCUGAAGUGUUUCCUGCAAACCUCGAGCUGGUUCAGGCGCUUCAUACCGGGUUAUGCCGAGGUGGGAGUGCCGAACAGCAGAACGCCUUUGACUUCUCUGCUGAAGAAAGGGAGCACCUGGGAGUGGGGCCCCGAACAGCAGAACGCUCGAGACCAUCAGUCGCCUCGAAGAUAA